AUGCGUUUCCAGGCCGCUCCCAUCGCUUCUUUUGCCGUUGCUCUCGGAGCACUUGUCAAUACCAUCAGCGCCCUUCCCCUCGACGACACUACGGAUCUGAGCGCGCCGGAUCACAACAGCACUGCCAUUGAGGCUCGCGCCGAUGUCCUUCCCGAAGACUGCCAGUGGGCGCAAUACUUCACCGGCACCAUCGACUGCUACUACAAGUGGCAGAAGGGUGCCGAUUGGCUCAACUGGAUCGUUCAAAUCACCCCGACCGGCCAGGACUCUGAUGGUUGGUGCAAGGGCAUCUCGGACAACAUCAAGGGGACUUGCGGCAAGUCCGUUGACACCAAGGGCUGCAACACGAAGUGGGAGUGGAAGCAGAUUACGAACCCUACAACGGGCGAAGCCGCCAACGCAUACGGCAUCGAUAUGAACUUCCACUACAGUUGGCCGUGGAACGAGGACACCCGCGACGCAGGCUGCAUCGAGGAUGCCAUCAAAAAGGCUACCUGCGGUGCUUCUACCUCUUUCAAGCACGGUGGAUGCUACAGGUGGGCCGACUACAACAGCAGCUAG